UCUGAAAUGUCUAAUUUAAAUCUGUCUCAGAGCAACAUCACCACUGAACAGUAUCAGGGGCUACUGGAAAGAGUGUUGUUCUCCAUUUUCAUAACGGUACCAUGCUGUGUGUUUCUCUUCAUUAAUUUUACCAUGUUGUUCAUCUUAAGGAGUAAGACUGUGUUUUGUGAAGCCUCUCGUUACAUUCUGCUGUAUAACCUGCUUUUUGCAGAUACUGUAAUGCUGCUUCUGAGUCAGUUAAUGUACAUAAUCACUGCAUGUAGGAUACUGCUGACAUAUCCUGUGUGCGGUGUUCUUAACAUGCUUGCUAUUCUCACAGAAGAGAUCUCUCCGCUCACACUGGUGGUGAUGUCUCUGGAGAGGUAUGUAGCUGUGUGCUACCCACUGAGCCAUGCUUCUAUCAUCACCAUCAGAACCACAGUGGUGGCUAUCCUUGUGGUUUGGGCUAUCAGUUCACUAAAUGUCCUCAUUCGAGUUAUUUUGCUGUUACAGUUUCCAUUUGAAGACCUGCAGAGCCUGCAGAUGACACAACUUUGUAGUGCACGCGUCAUGUUGCUCUCGCCAAUGUAUGAUUAUUAUGACAAAGCCUACACUUGUUUUGUAUUUGUAUCAGCUGGUUUAGCAAUCAUUUCCUCUUAUAUUGGAGUGAUGAUAGCUGCCAGGUCGGCCUCCACUGACAAAACUUCAGCUCGUAAGACCAGUAACACACUGCUGCUGCAUAUGAUGCAGCUAGGCCUCACUCUCUCCUCAACUAUACACAACCCAUUGAUCACAGCUGUUUCUGACAUAGUAACAAGGAUUGUUAUUGUUCGUAUACAGAUCAUUUUUUAUGUGUUUAUUUUUAUCUUCCCCAGAUGUCUGAGUUCUCUUAUUUAUGGCAUCAGAGACCAGAACAUCAGACCCCUCCUCAUGUACUAUCUAUGUUGUCGACUAAAACUCAAUUAUGUCAGCCAAGGCUGAGCAGUGGAUCUUGUCAACUUUUCUAAAGGCCUUCAUGAAUCUCUAGUUGUGAUUGAGCAAGAGGAAGAGAUUUAACAAAGC